GUUUACAUAGAAACUGUGUCACGAAGUGUACCAUGGCGAGUUAUAGCAGAGACUAAUCUAGUCUAGCCGAAGCGGGCUGAUAAGCGGCCACGACGGUCACUUUCACUUCCCGUUACACGUGAUCCGAGGUUGUGUAUUAUCUGACAAUGAACGCCACAGUUGCCUGUCAAUUCUGAAUGAUCUGGCCUUCUCUCGAGUUCGAAGCUUGUGAGCAAAGUCUACGUGAUUUAAUAUUGUAGUGCGGUAUGGCUCCAGAACAGCGCUUUUUGGGGUAUCCGAAAGCCCGUGAAGGGCCCAAGACCCCUUAUGCAGGAACGGAAGAAAAGGUUCCUGUCCUGAGAGGCUGGCUGCUUGUCGCUUUCGCAAAUGUCAUUACUCGUUCCUCGUUACUCGCUAGAUCGACUUGGAACAACGCGAAUUUCGGUGCUGCCAAGGACAUUCCGGGGCUCGAUGAGUACGACUGGCGACUACAGCCAAUCGUAACGCCUCUAGGUUCCGGGGGUCUUAGUAAACCAGAGAUCACGUCAGAGCUGUUGUUAAGGCAGCCGGAAGACCGAAAUGGCCGAUUCUAUUCUGCAGCAGACUAUCACGAGCUUUACAAGUCGGGAAGGUUGACACCAGUUCAGGUAGUAGAGGCGCUUCUCCCUCUGAUUGCUCGUGGCCAGACUCCACCCGCCAAGUAUGAGCUAUCAUGGGCUGUCACGCACGAGGAGAUUGCGCUGAAAGCCGCAAAAGCUUCGACUGAGCGAUAUGCCAGAGGGGAGCCACUUAGUGUUCUAGACGGCGUCCCAUUCGGCGUCAAAGAUGAUCUCGAUGUGGAAGGCUACAUCUCUCACAAAGGCCUUGCGCCCACAGACAACCAUCCAUAUUUUAAGCCUGCGAAAGAUACCAUCUGGCCAGUUAAGCAGCUUGAAGCUGCUGGAGCCGUCAUGAUCAGUACUCUUGCUAUGCACGAGCUCGGUUCUGAUGUCAAUGGCUGCAAUCCCCGAUGGGGCACACCGGUCAACUGGAACAACACAUCCUAUUACCCAGGUGCCUCAUCCUCAGGAGCAGGAUCUGCCCUAUCUGCUGGCCUUGUGCCGAUAGCGGUCGGGACGGAUGCAGGAGGCAGUAUCCGUAUCCCAUCUGCCUUCUGCGGACAGUACGGUCUCAAACCCACACUUCACCGCGUAUACACAAUGAAGUCGUCGAUCUGCGUUAUUGGGCCCAUGGCCUCCAAUGUAUCGGAUCUUACCAUUGCCUACAGGCUAAUGUCGGCAUCCAACCCAGAUGACCUUACCCAGUCUGCAUUUGCCCCGUCUAUUCCACCCACCCCGACAGCCAAGAAAUACAUCGGUGUGCACAAUGAAUGGUUUGACAAAGCUGCCCCUGCUGUGCUGGACGCCACCAAGAAGGCCAUCUCCUACCUUACCCACAAACUUGGAUAUGAACUCGUCGAUAUCAGCAUCCCCUACCUGCAAGAAAGCCAGGCAGCCCAUAGUUCUUGGGCGCUGGUCGAGGCGGUGGACCACCAACGGACGCGCUGCCCGAAGUGGCACAACUCGGAUCCAUUGUCCAUGGUCAAUCAUCCGAACAAGUGUGUGCAGACAAUGGGUGCUCUCACAUCUGGCGUCGAUAUGGUCAAGUCCGGACAGCUCCGCCAGCUCCUCAUGGAGCACCUCGCCUUCUUGUUCCAAAAGUACCCUGGACUGUUGAUCCUCACGCCCACGGUGCCUGACGCGGGCUGGAAGAUCCAUCCCGGCGACCAGGCGUACGGCUUCGUGGACGGCCCCAUGACCUUCAGGACCAUGAUGUACAUUUGGCUUGCCAACUCGACAGGUUGUCCAGCCAUCUCCGCGCCGGUCGGGUAUGCCCAACCUGAGCACGGUGAGGGCAGAUUGCCGGUCGGUCUGAUGGCUACCGGAGAAUGGGGCGCCGAGGAGCAGCUGCUGUCCUUCGCCAGAGAUGCCGAGACUUACUUGAACGAGGUCUACGAGGGUGGCCGGAGCAGACCCAAGGACUGGGCGGACGUUAUUGGGUUGGCUAGCGACUUCAAAUGAUCGCUGCCCUCCCUCAUCUGCAGUAGUACGCCACACAACUACCAUGUAUCAUAAUUAUCUCUAAUCGUAACUGUUAUCUUGACUAUUCAUGAAACUAGACGUCACGGGUGAGAUGUCCGCUCGCAUCUGAGUACCAAUCAACAUGAGGGAUCCCCAGUGCCAGCAUACAAAAGCUGCGACUCAUCACAGCCCCUCACAUGUCCCAGUAUUGCAACCACAGAUCCCUAGUUUCCAGCCAUUAU